AUGGCUGCCCAGUGUGUCACAAAGGUAGAGCUAAAUAUUUCCUGUGACAAUCUUCUGGAUACAGAUGUAGGGUCCAAAUCAGAUCCUUUGUGUGUACUGUUUUUGAAUACGAGUGGCCAAGAGUGGUAUGAGGUUGAACGCACAGAAAGGAUUAAGAAUUGCUUGAGUCCCAGAUUUUCUAAGACAUUUAUUAUUGAUUAUUACUUUGAAGUGGUUCAGAAGUUGAAAUUUGGGAUUUAUGACAUCGACAACAAAACUAUUGAGCUGAGUGAUGAUGACUUCUUAGGAGAAUUUGAAUGUACCCUGGGACAAAUUGUUUCGAGUAAGAAACUAACUCGACCUUUGGCACUUAAAAAUGGGAGACCUGCAGGAAAAGGGACCAUUACGAUUUCAGCUGAAGAAAUAAAGGAUAACAGAGUGGUCUUGUUUGAAAUGGAAGCAAGAAAACUGGAUAAUAAGGAUCUAUUUGGAAAGUCAGAUCCAUACCUGGAAUUCCACAAACAGACAUCUGAUGGAAACUGGCUGAUGGUUCAUCGAACAGAGGUUGUUAAAAACAACUUGAACCCUGUUUGGAGGCCUUUUAAAAUCUCUCUUAACUCCCUGUGCUAUGGAGAUAUGGACAAAACCAUUAAGGUAGAGUGUUAUGAUUAUGACAAUGAUGGGUCACAUGAUCUCAUUGGAACAUUUCACACCACCAUGACAAAACUGAAAGAAGCCUCUCGAAACUCACCUGUUGAAUUUGAAUGUAUAAACGAGAAAAAGAGACAAAAGAAGAAAAGCUACAAAAAUUCAGGUGUUGUCAGUGUGAAACAGUGUGAGAUUACAGUGGAAUGCACGUUUCUUGAUUAUAUUAUGGGAGGAUGUCAGCUGAAUUUUACUGUGGGAGUGGACUUCACUGGCUCCAAUGGUGAUCCAAGGUCUCCUGACUCCCUCCAUUAUAUCAGCCCCAAUGGUGUUAAUGAAUAUUUGACUGCCAUCUGGUCUGUGGGAUUGGUCAUUCAAGAUUAUGAUGCUGAUAAGAUGUUUCCAGCUUUUGGUUUUGGUGCUCAGUUACCUCCUCAGUGGCAGGUAUCACAUGAAUUUCCAAUGAACUUUAAUCCAUCCAACCCCUACUGUAAUGGAAUUCAGGGCAUUGUAGAAGCGUAUCGGGCCUGCCUUCCUCAGAUAAAACUCUAUGGACCAACUAAUUUUUCUCCAAUCAUAAAUCAUGUGGCCAGGUUUGCUGCUUCAGCCACACAACAACAGACAGCUUCUCAAUAUUUUGUGCUCUUGAUUAUUACUGAUGGAGUGAUCACAGACCUUGAUGAAACCAGACAAGCUAUAGUCAAUGCUGCCAAACUGCCCAUGUCCAUCAUCAUUGUUGGAGUUGGAGGUGCUGACUUUAGUGCCAUGGAGUUUCUGGAUGGUGAUGGUGGAAGUCUCCGGUCCCCAACAGGCGAGGCAGCCAUCAGAGAUAUCGUCCAGUUUGUGCCUUUCAGACAGUUUCAGAAUGCUCCAAAGGAAGCACUUGCUCAGUGUGUCUUGGCAGAGAUUCCCCAGCAGGUGGUGGGCUACUUCAACACAUAUAAACUCCUUCCACCGAAGAACCCAGCUAAGAAAUAA